CCCUAGUGCUUAACGUGAAGUACCGUGCCAAAUUUAAAAAAUAAAAUCAUAUAAAAUGAUUGCUAAGGUUCUUGUUGCUUGUGCUCUUCUGAGCGUUGUUCGCGCUGGUUUGAUUGCGAGCCCCCAUGGCGCCGCUAUCUCCUCGCAGAGCAUAGUGCUCGGACAUGCCGCUCCUGCAUACGCCAGAGCGUACGCCGCACCAGCCCUCGCCGCUCCAGCUUACGGAUUGGGAUUGGGCGGAUUAGGUGGACUCGGCCACGGUGCUGUGGUGGCGCACGCAGCACCGCUGCUGCACGCGGCCCCUGUCGCCCACGCUGCCCCUGUUGAAAUUUAUUCUCACCCUAGCUACCAAUUCAACUAUGGAGUAACUGACGCCCACACCGGCGACCAGAAGAACCAGUGGGAGGCGCGCGACGGCGACGUUGUGAAGGGACAAUACUCUCUGGUUGAACCUGACGGUACCGUGCGCACUGUUGACUACACCGCCGAUGACCACAAUGGUUUCAACGCAGUGGUGCGCAGACAAGGUCACGCCGCGCAUCCCGCUACCGCGCAUGCGGUGGUCGCCGCUCCCGCCUACGGCCAUGGCCACCUCCUCGGCUAGGGAACUCAUCAGCCACUCUAGCAAUCACCAACAACGACGAUUAUUUAUUACUUGCGUAUAUUGUACUUAGGUUAAGCACGGACGGAAUGCUACAACGAAACUAGGAGGCUUCGUGGUUAUGGUUUAAAACGGGCUGCGCAUUGGUAUGCAUUAAAAGCAUUCAUUUGCUUAGAGGCUAUACGUUUCAUAAGAUGUAUCCAUACUGG